CGGCGGCGGUGACGCCCCAUAAAUAGCGGGGCCAGGCCGGCGCUCCCCACUCCGCGGCGGCGGCGCCCGUGCCCGAGACCCUGCCCGUGCUCCCGUCGGCGGCGGGCCCGGCUCCUCCUCCCGGGCUAAGGUUCAAGACCUGAGAAAAUGGCAUUGGCAGCAAUUGAUCCACAGCAGAAUAUUGUAUCGAGGGUUGCCAACCUUCCUUUGGUGAGCUCCACCUAUGAUAUGGUGUCCACAGCUUACAUCACCACAAAGGAUAACUAUCCUUAUCUGAAGUCAGUAUGUGAGAUAGCGGAGAAAGGAGUGAAGACGAUUACAUCAGUAGCCAUGACAAGUGCUAUGCCUAUCAUUCAGAAGUUGGAACCACAAAUUGUAGUUGCCAACAACUAUGCUUGUAUAGGUCUAGACAAAAUUGAAGAAAGACUGCCUAUACUGAAUCAACCCAGUGACAAGGUUGUUGCCAAUGCCAAGGAUGUAGUUGUUGGAGCCAGAGAAGCUGUAACAACCACUGUGACUGGUGCCAAGGAAUCUGUUGCUCACACGAUCACUGGAGUUGUGGGCAAGACUAAAGAAGCAGUGCAAGACAGCGUAGAAAUGACCAAGUCAGUUGUCAAUGGCAGCAUUAACACUGUCCUGGGAAGUCGUGUGGUGCAAAUGGUGAGCAGCAGUGUGGACAGUGCUCUCACAAAAUCAGAGGCCCUUGUAGACCAGUAUCUUCCACUGACAGAAGCAGAACUAGAGAAAGAAGCUGCAAACGUUGAAGGCUUUGAAGUUGGAAUCCAAAAGCCAAGCUACUAUGUUAGACUAGGAUCCCUGUCUUCAAAGGUCCGCACACGUGCCUACCAACAAGCCUUAAACAAAGUCAGAGAUGCUAAACAGAGAAGCCAGGAGACAAUCUCUCAGCUCCACUCCACCGUUAGUCUGAUCGAGUAUGCCAGAAAGAACGUGAAUAGUGCCAAUAAGAAACUUCUUGGUGCUCAGGAAAAGCUUUAUCAAUCCUGGGUAGAAUGGAAGAAAAAUACAGGCCAAAAUGAUGGUGAUGAUCUGCGUAGUGCUGAGCACAUUGAGUCAAGAACUCUAGCUAUUGCACGGAGCCUCACUCAGCAGCUUCAGACCACCUGCCUCACACUGGUCUCAAGCCUACAGGGGCUGCCACAGAAUGUACAGGAUCAGGUUUACAGUGUUGGGUCAAUGGCAGGUGAUGUCUACCAGAGCUUUCGGUCAGCAUCUUCUUUCCAAGAAUUAUCAGACAGCUUUAUUGCAGUUAGCAAAGGACAGCUGAAGAAAAUGAAGGAGUCUCUGGAUGAUGUGAUGGAUUAUCUUGUUAACAACACACCGCUCAACUGGCUGGUAGGUCCCUUUUACCCACAACUGCCUGGCAUUCAGCAUGCUGAAAGCAAAGGUGAAGGGGAGGAAAGUUCCAGCCAGAAAGACAAACAGCCUGAACACACUACUGAACAAACUGCAUAGCAUGCAUGUACUCUGCUGACUGACUAAAUGAGUGGCCUUACUAAGUGCAAGUGUCAAAAAAAUCCAUUUUCACCAUUAUUUGGUGAACAACUUGUAAAUACAGGAAUAGGGGAAUCUAUAGCCAGGACACUUACACAUGAGCUGUAUUGUCCUGUGUAGUUAAGCCACUCUUAAAAAUUCAAAUUAGACUCAAGUGCCUAAGUAUGGGCAACUGACAGUUAUCAAGAUGCCCUAUUAGUCUGUCAAGCACCUCAUCCUGCUUCAGUGGUAUUAAUACCACUAGCCUAAAUGAAACAAUGAAAGCCACGAUAGCUGAAAGCCUUUGAUUUGUUGCUUAAUCUCUAGUAGAAUGAUAUAAAAGCCUUACAUACUGUGAAAUGCAUUUAACAGCUCUACGGUCUAGCUAUGUACACUUAAAUGCUAUGUUUGCUGCAGAUCACACAUUUGAGAAAUAUGCAUCUGACUAUCUCAGAUUCUAUUGCUACAUCAUUCCUGACAAAAAUUCUGUUGAGUGCAGAAUUCCAAAGCUGAAAGUGGGGUUUCUGAAUGAGUCAGCUGGAGUUAAAUGCUGUGACAGUGUUGCCAUUAACUAUUCAAAUUGAAUUACUGUAUAACACAGUAACUUGACCACAGAAUCACAGAAUAUCUCAAGCUGGAAUGGACUCGUAAGCAUCAUCAAGUUUGACUCCUGCUCCUCGCAGGACUACCUAAAAACUAAACCAUAUGACUAAGAGCAUCGACUAGAUGCUCCAUGAACACUCUUCACUGAUAGACCAAAUAAUUAUCAUUAACACAUUUUUUAAUAUGCAGUAUAAAGGCAAGAUUCAUGCUGUUUGUACCCAGGUGCCUGGUGUUGUGUGUGUGUGUGUGUUUUUGUAGCCAUUGUUUUGUAACUCAUUUUUGUAUGUUAGUAAUAAAUGCUUUAGUAGCCAAA